AUGCGUUUCGUUGCCGCCCCUUCUCAGUAUUUCUUUUAUGGUUGUGGUGUAGCGAUUGAUCUCACAGCCGUUUUCUUACCCUCUCUUUUCCUUCUCUCGCAGCGCUAUUUGAGGUGUCCUGCGCUGUGUGCUUUUUACGCGCGCCAUAGCCGUGGUUGGUUACGUUUUUUUCUUGAGUAUUUCCCGCUUUUCUUUUGUGUUCCCCUCGCGACUUUAUUGUUUUUUAAACGCAACUUUCCUUUCCUCCUUGGUUUGUUUGUGUGUUAUUCCUUUGUUACUGAAUGUUGGGCAACGUCGUUCCCCUCCUUCUCUACGUGUGUGGCAAGAUAUGUUAUUGGGAGUGUCGUCCUACAGCACUUGAGACACAUACCGUAG